AUGAAGAGAUUAAAUAUUUCACCACAAUGGGUGGAAAAAGAAACAAAUACAGAGGUAUUUUCAGUACGAUACUCACCAGAUGGCCAAAGUAUUGCUGCUACUCUAUCAAAUGGGCAUGUUUUACUCAAAUCUAUCGCAACUGGUAGAACAUCAUUUAAUAUUGUUCAUUCUAAUAAAGGAUUUUCAGUACCAUCUAUACGUUUUAAUCCAGUACUUCCUAAAACUUUCAUUACAAUCUCUUCAGAUGGCGUAAUUAAAGAAUGGAAUUCAAGAUCUCCGAAAAAUAUAUGGACAUAUACAGAAGAAGGCAACCAACUUUACGCACUCGACAUUCAUAAAGCAGGACAGAUUUUUGCAACUGCUGGUUCCGAUUCUGUUGUUCGUGUAUACGAUGAUAAAACAAAACAAUGCAUACACUCCUAUGCCAGAGCUAAAUACGACUUUACAUCUCCAAGUGGACAUAGUGAUAGAGCUUAUUGUGUCCAUUUUGUAAAUAGUGAUCCAAAUCUUCUUGCAAGUGGAGGAUGGGAUAACACUAUACAAAUUUGGGAUUUACGACAAACAAAUUCCGUUAUGGUCCUUCCAGGACCACAUAUUUGCGGUGAUGCAAUCGAUACAAAUAAGAAUUACUUACUUGCAGGAAGCUGGAGGACUCAUGACCAGCUUCAAUUGUUUGACUUUAGGACUGGUAAAUGUUUGAAGCAAACCAGAUGGUCAACAAUGAGCGAUGAUAACCAAGCCCAAUUAUAUACUGUUAAAUUCUUCCAAGACGGCUCUCAUUUCGUUGCUGGAGGAACAGAAACAAAUCAGGCAAAAGUAUACAAUACAGAACAGUUUAAUUCUGUUGGUUCUUCAAUUACAUUUCCUGGUGGAGUUUAUUCAUCAGCAAUUUCGAAAGAUAACAAGACAGUUGUAUUUGGUUUGUCUUGUGGUUAUGUACAAUUACAUAAUGUUAUAUAA